AUGCGUGUCGUAGCUCCUUCUUCUUCCAGUUUACGCUACAGUGAGUCUGCUCUUCCUGAACACUUUGAUCCUUCCUUUCAGCUGCCAUCCAAUGCUAAUCGCAAUAGCCUCGCCAUGCUCGAGAAACCUUACGCAGAAUGUAAUGAUCCCUUUGCACUACGCGACAGUUGCACGAGCGAGGCGAGUGGCUUUGACGUGCUCAAUUUCUGGAACAUGGAGACUGAUCACGAUGCGUCACAGAGUCAAGUUCUUGCACCGACAGAGUACGCAGAUGCGUACCAAGGCGUGACAAUUGACGUCAACAAUCAUUCCGUCAAUAAUCAAGGCGUCGUCAUGUAUCACGUUGAUAUCAAAGGUCCUGACGGAAUCCUGUCCACAUACACAAUCCGUCGUCGCUAUCGUGCCUUCAAGAAUCUCCACAAUGAACUCAAUCGUCUCUUGAUUGCGUACCAGAAUACUCGAGCACAAAUGGACGCAGCAUUGACAAUGAAACAUUCGUCUCCUCUAGACGGCCCGGAGAACCACAUUCCAUUGAGUCCACACAGUGCUGCAACACUGGCAAAGGGCCCACCAGUGUCCAAUACAAACUACAGGACACUGAAGUUUCCAUCGUUGCCCAGUGCAGGUGUGUGGACUUAUUUAAAACGCCACGAUACGCGGCUUGUUGAGCAGCGCAAGAAACGCUUUCAGGAGAUUCUGAGACUGGCUAUCCGCCAUCCGGCGACCAAAAACAGUGUCGUUCUCGACGAGUUCUUGAGCGUCGCCCCCAGCGAGAUCUCGGAGCGAGGCUCAUCCUAUGUGUCGCUGCAGGACUACAGUGUGCCAGUAGUUGACAUCCAACGCGAGUCAAUUGAGCGACGACAGCGGAAGAUGCGAGUGCUGGAAGUUCGACGACUUCGUGCCGGGUCAGGCAGUCAGUUUGGAGAGCGAGCACACCAGUAG